GAGACAGGAGCUCAUCUACCUUCAGUCCAGUAAAGAGAAAUACAUCGCUUACCAUGUUCACUGUACUUUCCCUGCUUCUUCUGACAGGAGCACACAGCGCGACGGCUCGGAUUCACUCUCUGAAGUAUUUCUACACUGCGUCGUCUCAAGUCCAAAACCUUCCAGAGUUUGUGGUUGUCGGUUUGGUUGAUGACGUUCAGAUCGAUUACUAUGACAGCAACACAAUGAAACUGGAACCCAAACAGGACUGGAUGUUAAACGCAACUGAUUCAGUGUACUGGAAGAGGCAGACUCAGAUUGCUGUGAGGUCACAGCAGGUCUCCAAAGUCAGCAUUGAAAUCUUUAAGGAUCGCUUCAACCAAACUGGAGGUGUCCACAUUUACCAGUUGAUGCAGGGCUGUGAAUUGGACGAUGAGACUGGAGAAGUUAAAGCUUAUGAUCAGUAUGGUUAUGAUGGAGAAGACUUCAUAUCAUGGGAUGUGGAGACAGAGACGUGGAUCGCCCCAACACCAAAGAGUGUUUUCACCAAACUGAAGUGGGAUCAGAAUAAAGCUCAACUCGCAUAUUUUAAGAAUUACUUCAGCCAGGAGUGUCCUUCCUUUCUGAAGAUGUUCCUGGAGCAGGGGAGGAGCUUUCUGCUGAGAACAGAGCUUCCCAGGAUUUCUCUCCUCCAGAAGUCUCCCUCCUCUCCAGUCAGCUGCCACGCUACAGGUUUCUACCCCAACAGUGCCAUGUUGUUCUGGAGGAAAGACGGGGAGGAGCUUCAUGAGGACGUGUACCGCGGAGAGGUCCUCCCCAACCAUGACGGGACCUUCCAGAUGAGCGCUGACCUGAAGGUUUCAUCCAUCUCCCCUGAAGACUGGAGGAGGUACGACUGUGUAUUCCAGAUCUCUGGUGUGAAGGAGGACAUCGUCACCCAACUGGACAAAGACUCAGUCCAGUCCAACAGAGGGAAGCCCAUCAGCGUGACCAUCAUCAUCAUCAUCAUCGCUGCAGUGGUCGCUCUCGCUGUCGUCAGCGCUGUCAUUGGACUCAUCGUGUACAGGAGGAAGAAAGCGCAAAGUACCUCAUCUGCUGGAACAGAUCCAGGUGCCUCACAGCCGAUGAGAUCAGGUGAUGGAGGUUCUAAUUCUCCAAGUGAGACGUCCUCCUGAACACAGUUUAUGGACGGGAAGCAGUGUCACCACAGUCUCCCCCUUACGCUGGGAAUUUAUUGAUUAUUCAUCACUCAAAUCAUAAAGUGAUAUUCAGGGUCAGACAUUGAUUCAAAUACAAACAACACAACUGACAAAUAUGGAAAACAAAUGAGGGCGUCGAUUAACUUUGAUCUUUUAAAUAAAAACAGGAACUGUAAACUUCCCUCUGAUAAAUGUUUGUGUUGGGACAUGGUUUUUUGAAAGCACAGGCCUCCUUUUCGGGCUUCAUGGGUAGUCAAAAGCCUGAAACCAAAUGUUCCCUUUGCUCCGUAGAACUACUAGGAAGCCAAGGAACUCAGUUUCCCAGGAGGUCGCAGGUCCUUUAGUUCCGGACAACUUCACCAAGGUGUGAAAAAGGCACCAGGGUGAACUCCAAUUGGUCACUCUGGCCCCAUGAACUGUGAGGUCACCGGGCAAAUAUAAGGCCAAGUCUCCCCUAAUUCUCUUUUUUCUCUAAUCUGUCUGAGGACUGAAGGCUUCCAGCCUCUUCUCCUGCAUCGCCGAGGGGAAAGCCUGAUUGCUCCAGCUCACAUCUUCUCUUCCCAUCCAACGAGAAGAGCGCAAAGCUGCAGCUUCCAGCUCAUGUCAUCAAGGAAACUUCCUCGCAAUUCAAGCUCUACCAGCCUCCAAGCAAACUCCAACCAGCAUCUGAGCGCACAGCUCAACAGAAACGCUAAGGCAGAAACCACACAAAGCUCGGAGACUAACUGGCAGGAUGAACUGCUAACUGCACAGACACCUCUUUUCCCUUUCCAAGGACGGGUAACACAACUGGGCUUGAUAAUGAUACUAGGCUAAUCAAGACUGUUUAUUCUAUUCUGUGUGAUGUUUUUGAGUUUGAUAUGUGUUGUGAUAUUUGAGGUUAUAAGUUAUUCCAAAGUAAGGUUAGUUUGUAAUGCUUUUCAAAGUAUCUCUUAGACUCUUUCAUUCUCUGACUUAACAUCCACAGAGACACACGCAUAUCUCCUCACCUAAUUAAAUCUUCCCCGCUACCCGUAAAACAACUUCAGAAGAAGGGGGGACUGUUAACUUUAUGGUGGUAAGUGACCAUCUCAGAAGCACACAGGAAGGUGUUACUCUGGUCAGCUGCCUUUUUGAGAACACCCUGAUUUACACACACACUCACAUACACAUCUUUGUUUAGUUAGUACAUUGUUUGUGAAUUGUGUUUUUAUACUUUAUAAUAUUCAUAAUAAAUAUGUUUCUUUCAUAAA